CUGCGACAGAAUCCCGGCUACCAGAACUGAUUCAGCAGCUAGACCAAGAGCCAGAUCUUCAGCCAUGGACAAGAAAUCGUCCAACAAAGAUAUUGGAACUUUAAAAUAUACUGAUUUAUUACCUCUUGGCAAGAAAGAUGCCGAAGAAGUUACAAGAGCUUUCCUUCAAAGAGUGUUUGACAUUCUGUGGGAUUUCAUCAGCAAAACAAAUGAUAGAUCGUCGAAAAUUCUCGAUUUCCACCAACCCAGUCAACUGAAGGAAGUCCUGGAUCUUGACAUUCCAGAUGAUCCUUUAAAUCUUGAUCAACUGCUUGUUGAUUGCAAAGAUACUCUCAAAUACCAAGUCAAAACUGGUCAUCCUCACUUCUUUAAUCAGUUGUCAACUGGUUUAGAUAUAGUCUGCAUGGCUGGAGAAUGGCUUACUGCAACUGCCAAUACCAACAUGUUUACCUAUGAAAUCGCUCCAGUUUUCAUCUUAAUGGAGCAAGUCACUUUAAAAAAGAUGAGAGAUGUUAUUGGCUGGCCUAAUGGAGACAGCAUCCUUGGACCAGGUGGUUCCAUUUCAAAUCUCUAUGCUUGUUUAUGUGCUCGCCACAAAAUGUACCCUACUUACAAAACAAAAGGAUUGAUGGGCUUGGGACAACUUGUCAUCUACACUUCAGAACAUAGCCAUUAUUCGAUGAAGGGAGCCGGGAUGGUUAUGGGCUUUGGAACCGACCAUGUCAUCGAAGUGAAAUGUGAUGCAAGGGGACGAAUGAUUCCGGAAGAAUUGGAAAAAUGCAUAUUGGCAGACAAAGCGAAGGGUAACAAGCCUUUCUUCGUUUGUGCUACAGCUGGAACCACUGUUUUUGGAGCAUUUGAUCCGAUCGAAGCUUGUGCCGAUAUUUGCAAGAAGUAUGGUCUGUGGUUGCAUGUAGAUGCUGCUUGGGGAGGUGGUGUUUUAUUGUCAAGGAAAUACAGAACAAGAAUGAAUGGCGUCGAAAGAGCUAAUUCUCUCACAUGGAAUCCCCAUAAACUUAUGGGCUCACUUCUGCAGUGUUCGACUGUUCAUUUCAAAGAAGAUGGUCUUUUAAUGAGUUGCAACCAGUUGAGUGCCGAUUACCUCUUCCAACAAGACAAGCAUUACGAUGUCAACUUUGAUACAGGUGAUAAGGUUAUCCAGUGUGGUCGCCACAAUGACAUCUUUAAACUGUGGCUUAUGUGGAGAGCAAAGGGUGACAAGGGCUUUGAAAAGCAUAUAGAUCAUCUCUUUGAAAUGACAGAAUACAUGGUGAAGAAGUUGAAGGAUAACAGAGAUAAAUUCCAUCUGAUUCUUGAAGAACCUGAAUGCACAAAUGUUUCAUUCUGGUACAUUCCAAAGCGUUUGAGGAGUAUGCCUCAUUCUCCACAAAAGGAAAAGCUGCUGGGAGAGUUAACAGCAACACUGAAGGGACGCAUGAUGAAUGCCGGAACCCUAAUGAUUGGGUACCAACCUCAAGGUGAUUUACCCAACUUUUUCAGAAGUAUCAUCUCGAAUGCCGCUGUUCAGGAGCAUGACAUUGAUUUCAUGCUCGAUGAACUGGAUCGGCUUGGACAUGACCUCUAAAUAAAAAAGAAAUUGAAUAGUUGUACGUUAUGUGCUUGUUAUGUAGAUCAGUGUCAUAUAUACAUUUAGAAAAAGGUAAAACUUGGCCCAUUUAAAUUUUCUCCUGAUUCUUUAUGUCUGUUAACUUCUAAUUUAUCUUGUUUCUUACGUUUUACGUAUGCAAAUAAAGAUUAACAUUUUUCAAUUAGUUGUUCUUAAUAUAAUGGUAUGUAUGUGCGUGUUUCAAAAUUUUGGGCCAUUGUUUCCUCGAUAUCGGCAACUUCUAAAGCCGAAUCAAAUGUUAGAUAUAUGAUUACAGCACUGAGUGCUAAUUGCUUGUGUCGUCGUUGUCUUUGUGAUGAUGAAAUGAUGAUGAAUCUCAUCUACAACAAAAUCCAAUGUCUUCCAAAACUUAGCGAUGCCAAAGUGUAAGAGAAUAAUUCUAGUUCCAUCUUUGGUGCAUCAGUAGUUUUUCUGUCCGUGUUUGAUGUGUUUAGAAGAUAUUAAAUAGGAUCAUGGUUAUUUAUUGCUAUGUGUAUUUUCCAUGCACAUAACAAUAGAUAACCAUGUAUCUACUCACAUAUAUAUGUAUAUAUAGGACACUUUAAUGUCAUUUAAAGUAAGGCACUAAAUCUUCACAGCAGAUUAUUUUAUGUAUACCAAUUGAAGCAUUCGUAGUUAUAUUGUGUGUAUAUAUAUGACUGAUAUAUAUAUAUGUGUGUACUUAGAUGUAAUCUAAUUAUUUUUAGUUUCUGAAAAUGAAACACAAGUUAUAAAAAUAUAUUUAAAUAUUUAUAUUGAGAGAGAGAGAGAAUUUAAUAUAUUUAAGGCAGGGACAGCUAUUAGCAAUAUUAUUAGAGGCGAAACAAGGAUUUCUGUAGAGAGUACUGCGAUCUCUGUUCAUUAUUUGUUGUUUCAGUGCCUAUUGAUGUGUUGUGUGAUUUUAAAUAUUUCCCUACUAUAAAAAAGCAACAAUUUAUAUUUUCAUUAAAAUGUUUUGUUUCAAUGCUCUUUGGUAGUUUUAGUCUUGGGACUAUUUAAUCUUUUUUAUUCUAUUUAGAUAAAAUAUUUGUACCUGAAUCAUAUUUCGUAUUGUGAAAGAUCCAUUUUUUAAUAACAGCAUAUUUUUGAAAAACUAAAAUGCGGAAUUUUUUAGAAUGGGCAUAGAAAUGCUCUCUGACAAAUGCUUUUUUUAUUUUUAUUGCAUGUCGAAUUUAUUUGAUUCUGGAUUCUGCUUCAUUUUGAAAAAUUCCAAUUUUUAAAAAUCAUAAUGAGCUGUUAGUAUAUUUAUCUGAUGACGAAAAACGAUGCUUGUUUGUUAAGUUAAUUGUUACUUGUUACAGUUACUUAUAUUUUUUAGUAUUAUGACUUAGAUAACGUCCAAAUGUUAACUAUAAUAUUAUUAGCAGAUAUGUGUAUCUUGUUCCAUGUUUUAAAGAGGAUGAUUUGUUUAUGAAGGAUUCAGAACUUUUCUCCUUGCAUGUGAGAAAAAUUGUGUGAAUAUUGUAUGUACAUGUUAACGGAUGAAAAAGAAAUGUAUGCAUGCGUGUUGAUUAUUCAUUACUAUAUUAAUAGCUCGAAAGCUUAUAAAUAUUUGUUGUUAGAGAGCUCAAACUUAUUUCCAGCUUAUAAUCGCGAUUAUUAAGGAAAAAGGAAGAAACUAUUACAAACAACAUUAAUAUAUUUGCAUAACUUUAACAUAAUAGUGGAAUUUUUUAAUUAAUAAUUACACUGCCACACUUCAUUUCUGCUUUGCUCACGCACAUUUAACAAGAAUAAAAAAAAGACCAUUUGGAUUUUUAAACACAAUAUUCACACCAUCAUUAAUAUAACAACAUAUUAUUAUAGAAUAUGCAUCAUGACAUGUGCUAGCACCUUAAAUAUUUAAAAGUCAUGGCAAUGCACAAAAGUAGUCAAAACUUACAUAGCUUUAUUUUUCUCACACAAUGAAUAUUCUCAAUAAUAAAGACACGGUAUUUUGAAGAACUAAAGGAUAAUUUUAAAAUCGUUGAAAGGGAACGGGAUCAAUAAUUUUUCUAAAAUGCUGAUACACAUUAAGGGAAAUAAACCCAAUAUAACUAGCUGGAUUAUUCUUUAUUGAUUAAUGCUUAGCAAAGCAUUCUAUAUGUAAAAAUGUAUUCUGAUCCAUCUAUGUUUAUCGUGGAGUUUCUUAUCAUGGUUAUUUUGUCAAAUGCGUAAAUUUUCUCGUUGUUAAUUCGAGAUAAAGUGCAUUUAAUCAUAUAUGGGAUCUUACGUAAUUUUAUUGUAGAUUGUCGUUUCCCCCUCCCCCAUUCAAAUGUUCCUAGAAUUGGAUCUUUGUUUCAAAAAAUAAUUUAAAGACGAUGUUAUUGUCUGUGCCACAGUCUCCAAUGUAAACAUUCACAAUACUAUAGCCGAAAUAAAAUAUUGUUAAUUGUG